AUUUGAAUCCGUCACUGUUCAGUAGAUGCAUGUCGCGAAAUUUUGAACGUUUGUCGAUCUUUCAUUUUUCGAUAUUUUUGGGGGAUAAUCAAUGGGAUGUUGUGGUUUGGUAGUUUGGAUCCUUUUUUCUGAUGUUCGCUUAGCUCCCAACAUAUAGUUUAGGGGUUUCUUGGCGCUACUUACACGUUCAGCAAAGAGUAUGAAGCUAUCGGAAGCUUAGUUGAUGUGUUUCUUCAAAAUCUAUGUCCUUAUUGUAACAAUAGUCCAUCCUUUUAUAGGUAUUUUUAGUUUUUCUUUUUUGGAGUAAUUGUAGGGUUAUAGUUUUAAGAGGGAUUUAAUCCUUGACAACUGCAGCGGUGAAUUCGAGUCAUGUUAUAUAUUGAUCACGGAAAAGGAAAAGACAACUGCAGAAGAAAAUUAGUUUGGGUAGCAAAUGUUGAAAGAAAUUCGUAGUUGUUUUUUCCAUGUAAAGAUAGGCCAAGUUCAAUUGAUUCGGGAGAAGUUUUCCUUCCAGUCACCAUUGUGAUGUAUGCUUAUUGAUACUGGAAGGACUUCUUAAAUUACCAGACAAUAGAGAAUGUGCUGACUGCAAAGCUAAAGGUCCCAGAUGGGCUAGUGUAAAUCUUGGCAUCUUUAUAUGUAUGCAGUGUUCGGGAAUACAUCGAAGUUUGGGUGUGCAUAUAUCAAAGGUUCGUUCUGCAACCCUGGACACAUGGCUUCCAGAGCAAGUUGCAUUCAUUCAAUCAAUGGGAAACGAGAAAGCAAAUAACUACUGGGAAGCAGAAUUACCACCAAAUUAUGAUAGAGUUGGAAUUGAGAAUUUCAUUCGUGCAAAGUAUGACGAGAAGAGAUGGAUUCCAAGAGAUGGGAAUCCAAAAACACCUUCUGGAUUGCGGGAAGAAAGAAGUCCUUCACAUUGGCAGAGGCCUGGGGAGAGAAGUGGUCAUAAUGUUGUUUCUGAAAAAACUUUUGAGGGAAGGAAGAAAUUCCAACCGUCAAAUGCAAUUCCUGCUACACGAAACAGUGUUCCUGCUCCUCCCAAAGCACCUGAGCAAGUAACUCCUCCUAUUACCAAACCUCAGCCUGUUGAGAAAGUGGAACCAUUAGCACCACAGCCACAAGCUGAAUCUUCAAAGCAGGCUAUGGAUGCAGCUCAAAAUACCCCUCCAAAAGUUGACUAUGCUACAGACCUUUUCAACAUGUUGUCUAUGGAUGUCCCGAAAGAAAAUGGCUCUGAGUCGGCCAGUACAACUACUGAUGAUAAUCUCUGGGCAGGUUUUCAGUCUGCUGCAGAGGUGUCAACAGCUGAGAAGACUAGUCCGCCGCCAAAAGUAGCUGAUAAUAGUGCUCUGCUGUCUGCAGCUGGUAUUGAGGAUCUUUUCAAAGAAUCACCUAUGAUGCCAAGCUUAACUCCAGAAAAGCCACAGAAAGAUGUUAAAAAUGAUAUAAUGAGCCUCUUUGAGAAGGGCAAUAUGGUGUCUCCAUUUUCUAUGCAUCAGCAGCAGCUUGCCAUGCUACAGCAACAGUCUCUUCUAAUGGCUGCUGCAGCUAAAUCUUCUGGUGGGGAUCUCAAGUAUCCUCCGGGCAUACAAGAACCUAGACCAAAUGUUCCUGUGCAAAGUUGGCCAGCUACUGGCUACUCGAUUUCUGGAGCAUUGCCCAUGCAGGUGCAGAUUACGAACAUGACCCCAGCACAUUUUGCUGGGAGCUCUGUACAAUAUCAACCAUCUAGUUUCUAUGGUAUGGGGCAAGUUCCACCUCCAGUUAACGGUGUGAUGGCGACAAUGGGAGCCAGUAAACCCCAGUCAGGAGCUCCAGUGUCAUCUAGUACUACACAGUCAGCGAAGGAUUAUGAUUUUUCCUCCUUAACACAGGGGAUGUUUGCGAAACACUGAUAGGUGUUUUUUAUUGGGCAAUUCCGGCUCAUAUACCAUAGAAGAAGAUUAGUAAAUUUACAUGAACUGCGCUUUCUUUUCUCAUUUUCCCCUUGACCUGUCCGUGGGUUGUAAUCCAUUUGUAGAGCUAGUUCAGGUUUUCCCAGUUUGUUUAUUUCAGGCGAUUGCUUCAUUUGUAUCCUAGUUCUAUUCACUAUUUAUUCACAAUAAAAAAAAAGUUAGUGAUAUUAAUUAUA